AUGGCCCAAAAACAAACAGUAGUGAUUGAUAGUGGUUCCUUUAGGAUGAAGGUUGGUCUUACUCCAUCAUUAUCAUCAUCAGAGGAAAAAGAAGAAUUUAGGAUGUGCUUUCCCGCAACAGUUGGAAGACCACACUUAGCAGGAGUCAUGAUCGGAUCAAAGAGUGAAUAUUUUGGAGAUGAAGCUGUUUCAAAGAGAGGAAUGUUGAAACUAACCUAUCCUAUUAGUAAGGGAAUUGUUAGUAAUUGGGAUGAUGCUGAAAAGAUUUGGAAAUAUUCUUUGGAUGAUUUGAAGAGAAUUAAUGAGGAAAUUGGAAAAUCCGUAUUAAUGACUGAUUCUCCGUUAAAUACUUUGGAAAAUAGAGAAAAGAUGGAUAGAGAACAAAUGACUGAAAUAAUGUUUGAAAAGUUUAGAGUACAGGGUUUGUAUUCGACUAGUCAAGCUGCCUUGUCUGUAUUUGCAUCUGGCAGAACUACUGGAUUAGUUUUGGACUCUGGUGAUGAUGUAACUCAUUCAGUUCCUGUGUAUGAGGGAAGUGCAUUACCUCAUGCUACUUUGAGAAUGGAUUUUGGUGGUAGAGAGUUGACUAAUUACAUGAUGGAGAUGGUAACGAAAAAGGGACUUGUAGAUAAGGAAAUUGCAAGGGAUAUUAAGGAAAAUGUUUGUUAUGUAGCUCUCAAUUAUGAAGAAGAAUAUCGAAAAGUCUCUGAAUCUCAAGAGUCUGUUGAAAAGAUAUUUGAAUUACCAGAUGGAAAUCACAUCAAUUUGGACUGUGAAAGAUAUCAGUGUCCUGAAAUAUUCUUCCAACCAAAACUGUUCAACAUUGAAUCAGAGAACAUCAUUGAAACAAUAUGUAACACAAUUACCAAAAGUGAUCUUGAUAUUAGAGCUGAUUUCAGAGCAAAUAUUAUUCUUUCAGGAGGUGGAACGAUGUUUUCUGGAAUGGAUAAGAGAAUUUCCAAAGAAUUGAUUUCACUAUUUCCUGAAUACAAAUACAAGAUCAAAGUUGCGCCUCCUUUGGGUGAUGAAUCAGUUUGGCUUGGUGGCAGUCUGAUGGCUAGUUUUUCAUCAUCUCAGAAUUUGUGGCUUACUGAUUUUGAAUAUCAAGAAGAGGGUCCAAGCAUUGUUCAUAGAAAAUUCUAUUGA